UCCGAUUAUAAUUUCGCAAAGCAAAAUUAAAAGUUUUAACAUUUUUACAUUUAGGUCUAUUUGAUUAUCUCUAAUAAGCACAAUUGUCUAAAGUACGAGCAAGAUGUCGAUGCUGGCUAGAACCCUGGGACGCACCUUUUUUCAGGCAGCGGCAGUGCGCAGACUGCAUGUCUCGGCGGCGCUCAAUGCUGAUGAUGCCACCUAUAACGCAAAUAGAACCACUUGCACCUUGAUACCCGGCGAUGGUGUCGGUCCCGAGUUGGUCUAUUCGCUGCAGGAGGUCUUUAAGGCAGCAAAUGUGCCCGUUGACUUUGAAACGUUCUUUUUGUCGGAAAUCAACCCCGGACUAAGCGCCAAGCUUGAAGAUGUUGUGGCCUCCAUACGGAAGAAUAAAGUUUGUAUUAAGGGCAUUUUGGCCACACCCGAUUACAGCAAUGAGGGUGAACUGCAGACGCUUAACAUGAAACUCCGCACAGAACUGGAUUUGUAUGCGAAUGUGGUGCAUGUUCGUAGUUUACCUGGUGUUAAGACGCGCCACAACAACAUCGAUACGGUCAUUAUUCGUGAACAGACCGAAGGUGAAUACUCAGCUUUGGAGCACGAAUCGGUGCCCGGCAUUGUAGAAUGCUUGAAGAUCGUGACUGCCAAGAAGUCGAUGCGCAUUGCCAAGUUUGCCUUCGAUUAUGCCACCAAAAAUAACCGCAAGAAGGUUACAGCGGUGCACAAGGCCAACAUCAUGAAACUAGGUGAUGGUCUGUUCCUGAAGUCGUGUGAGGAAAUCUCAAAACUGUAUCCCCGCAUCGAGCUUGACAAAAUGAUUGUGGACAAUACGACUAUGCAAAUGGUGUCCAAUCCCAAUCAAUUUGAUGUGAUGGUUACCCCAAAUCUGUACGGUGCCAUUGUCGAUAACUUGGCCUCUGGCUUGGUCGGCGGCGCUGGCGUCGUUGCUGGUGCUUCAUACUCGGCGGAUGCGGUCGUAUUUGAACCGGGCGCACGUCAUACCUUUGCCCAGGCUGUGGGCAAGAAUCUUGCAAAUCCUACGGCCAUGUUAAUGUGCGGCACAAAAAUGCUGCGCCACAUUAAUUUGCCAACUUAUAGCGAAGUUAUUCAAAAUGCCAUAAACCAGGUGCUCAAGGAGGGCAAGGUGCGCACCAAAGAUUUAGGUGGACAAUCCACCACGCAGGACUUUACGCGUGCCGUUAUUGCCAACCUGCACUAGACAUGUUUCAAAAAUUCAGCGACAACAAUAGUUGGCCCAAAGGAUCACGCAUGCUUAGACAAGAAACAGUUGUGUUGCCCAAAUUAUUGUUUCACAUUUUUAGUUGUCUUUCAUUCAUUCAGUAUGAUUUCCUUCCAUAAUUCAAUGCAUUCUUUGAGUAUUAUUUCUGGCGAAUAUUUAUGUUUAGUGCAAUUACCUCGCCUCCCCCCGCCUCCCUAAAAACUUUAGUUAUACAAAUUGGCCGUUAUGUUUAUUAUGUUGUGAUUAUGUAUUAUUUUUUGCAAAAUCCAAAUUGGAUUCGAAUUUUGCCAUCAACAUUAAAUUUAUGACAAGCAAAAAGAAAACAAAAAUUAAAAUCAAUUAAGUUAAACCAACUCAAAGUGUAGCGAGAACCACGAUGCAACAAAUAGAAAUUUAAAUAAAUAAAAUUUGAAAGCGA